AGUCAAAUGGGGCCAGGUCAGCUGGGCUGGAGGCUUUGGGCCACUGGGGUGAGCCGAAUGGGGCCAGGUCAGCUGGGAGUGGACGAGUGGAUGAGCCUCACGUACAGUUUGGGCAGUAAUCGUUUCCAUGCUGACAUAUGAUGUCUGCUUAGCAAUUAGCCUUACGCACUGACUCGGGUUGACAUUUCGCGCCUGUGCGCGACUAGAGGCCCACCACGCGCAGGGACCGAUACAUAAGACAUAGAGCAUAGAUGAGCUACUAUCAGCUUUCGCCUCCUCGCGUGGCGGUAAUAGGAGGCGGCAUUGCUGGAGCAAUCGCGACUUGGCGGCUGACAAAUCUCGGGGCCAAUGUUACUUUGGUCGAUAUGGGCAAGAACAUGCCUGGCGGGCGCAUGUCUACUCGUUUCACGAGCGGGGGGCACCAGUAUGACCACGGGUGUCAGUUCUUCAAAGCCACAUCCCCAGCCAUGAAGAAGCUGGUGGCGGAGUGGGUGGCUGCGGGUGUGGUGGCAGAGUGGCGUCCCAAGCUGGGUGUGUAUGACGCCAGCAGUGGUGUGUUCAAGCGGCGGGAGGAGCUGUCCGCGGCGGAGCUACAGGCGGCAGGAAGCGGUUUCUUCGACAGCCUGUCUCCCGCCUCGGGUCCCAUGUACGUGGCCAAGCCCUCGAUGGACACGCUGGUAGCGCACCUGCUGGAGCAGUGCCCGGCACGAGGGGGGACAGGGGCAGCGGCAGGGGCAGCGGCAGGGGGAGGGGGAGGAGCAGGCGCAGGGGGGGACGAGGACGAGGGCGGAGGCGGGUGGGGCGAGGGCGCCAACACGCUGCGGCUGAACACGCGGGUGCGCAAGGCGCGCUUCACGGACGGCAAGUGGUACCUGGCGGGAGAGCGCGUGCAGGUGGGCUCCAACGGCGGCGUGGACCCUGGGCUGCCGGCGGGGGAGCUGUGGAACCUGGGCGUGUUUGACGCGCUGCUCAUCACAGACAGUCAGGUGGCGAGGCCAGGCUCGCCUGGCCAGAUCACGUUUGAGGGCGGCACCGCGGCUCUGAGUGCGCUGGUGGCGAGGCUGGCGGCGCUAACCCGAGUGCCUCUGUUCAGCCUCAUGGUGGGCUGGCCUCCUAACGUGGCGGGUGCGCUGCUGCCGGGCGAUGCGGUGCACGUGGUGGGCGGCAGUGCCGUGCAGUGGGUGGCCAACGAUACCAGCAAGCCGGGCCGCGAGCGGGACGACGGACUGACCUGCUGGGUGGCAGUCACCAAGCCGGAAUUUGCGGCCAAGCUGAUCGGCGACAUUGGACCGCUGGCGUCGCUGCCGCCCGCGGGGCCGGACUACAACGCCAAGAAGGCGCAGGAGGUGUGGGCGGGCAUGCAGGCGGACCUGCGGGCAGCCAUGGGCAUCCGGCCGCUCAACCGGCCCAAGUACCUGUCGGCGCACCGCUGGGGCAGCGCCUUCACCUCGACACCCCUGGGCGUGCCUGCGGUGUGGGAGGCGGACGGCAGGUGGGCGGCCGCGGGCGACUUCUGCAACGGGGCGGGGGUGGAGCAGGCGCUCACGAGCGGCGCGGCGGCGGCGGAGGCGGUGGCUGGGAUGCUGGGGCUACCAGGGCUGACGGGCGCGGCAGCGGGGGGCAGCAGCAGCGGGUCCGGCGCGACGCCAACGAGGCGGUGAGGGCGCUGAGGGGCAUUGGAGCCAAGGGGCGAUGCGGGCAGCGGGGUGGCAGCCUGCAGCUGGCGCAGCAGGCGAUGGAAUGCAGCAGCGCUGGUUCCAAACAGCGCCAGGUGUACGCUGGUGGUCGCGGGGCCGGGACAGGGUGUGGACUGUACUCAAAAGUUGCGCGUGCAGGCAUGAGUGCAAGAGGGUCGCACAGCUGUUGACUGAGCAGGACUGACGAUGAUAGUAGGGUGGAAUGACAAUGACACACGUAUGCAUGACUGAUUGUGAAUUGUACGUUUGGACUGAACGGUCCAGCACAGUUGCUCAUGGACACUGGUGCAGGAUGCUGGUGCUGCUGUGGUAAAUAGCGUGAAGCUGGGUGCUAUGUCUUCCGCGCGAAGCUUCUCAACUUCUUAUGGAUGAGGGCAUUGCUUGGGAGGGGAGGGGAGGGGCUGCUCGAGGCUGGGUUGCAGCAUGGUGAACACGCGUCGUGACUCUUGGCGGUUGCGAUGUGUGGGGCUUCGCAUGGUCGGCGCUUGCAAAAACAAAACCCGACAUCGUUUAGUACGUAAG